AUGUUCUACUACCCAAGACAACAAGGCGGUUACGGAGGCUAUGGCGCGCAUGACCCCUAUGCGGUGGCUCGGCAACGCGAGCUCCAACGUCAGCAACUUCUGGCGCAGGAGCGCGAACGUCAACGUCUGGCGCACAUCCAGCGCCAGCGCCAGUAUGAGGCUCUCGAACGCGAACGCCUCUCCCACCAGUACUCGCCUUACGGACCGUCAACCGAUCAAUAUGAUCCCGAUUACGAAGAAAACGAGGAUGAGGACGACUCGGAAGUCUACCAAUACCUGACUCCUCGUCAGCGUGCUAUGAUGCAGGCGAAACGUCGUCAGUUAGUUAUGGAGGACCAGCGUAGGGUCAGUUUCCCUGCCAGCUUACAGCAUAGUCGUGGAGAUGCUGACGAAGAUUCACAGGCUCAAGUCCAAGCCCAGCGGCAGGCGGAUGCGCAGCGACAGCGCGCGGCUUCGCAGUCUCCGCAGCGCCCAACUGUGCCCGAGGACGCUUCCAUUCCCAUUCCCAGCGAUGCCGCGCCUAUGACAUCCCCUGAAACCACUCCAUCUCCCCCGCCACAUCUUUCCCCCACUGCCUCCACCUCUUCCUCCAAAACCACCUUCUCUGCUGAGCAGCGCGAGGAGGCGGCAUCCACCAUCCAACGCGCAUUCCGCGUUUAUCGCGCUCUUCGUACCAUCUCCGAUUUCGAAAUGCGCUUUGAGGCUAUAAGGCGUGAGUUUUGUCCACCUACGACGCUCGAGUACAUUGUCGACGGCCAAGUCGUCUCUGUGCCCGUUCCACAGGUUCUAUCUGCCAUUCGAUCGGACGCGGUUCCAUCGGACGACGUGGAGCAAGAGGCUGCGCGCACACCGAAACUCGCCUACACCGCUCCUUCACGUCCUAUACAUGGCCACCUCGACGCUCUCUCUAAACUUCUCAUCGCACUAGACGGCGUCGAGAGCUUCGGCGACAAGCAUGUCCGGGAGCGGCGCAAGUCUGUGGUCGGACGCGUGGAGCAAGAGGCACGGGCUGUGGAGAUUUGGGUUCGAGAUGUUUGGGCUUCGCAGCUUCAGUCCGAUGUGACGCAGGAGGAGGAUGAAGUCCGCGAUAUGGUCGUUGACCCCGCUCACUCCGCUGAAGACCAGGAAGAUGAGGAUGACGACGCAGAGUUCGUCACACCGCCCGGGACUCCAGCGACCGAGCCACUGCCUCUCGUUGGCGACGACGACUUCGUGAUGAUAUAG